AUGUCGAGGCAUUUGUUUGAUCUUAGUAAUAACUGUGGUAUACCUGGUGACAAAGGUCUGAUUAUUGGAAUGUGGAACCCCGCUUCGGUAUUCACAGUCACAGAAAUACCUAGAAGUCCUGCGAAAUAUUACAACAACGCUUCGCGUCCACUAAGUCCUUCCGGAAUAAAGAUAAGCAGCAUUUCCUCUGAUUCGAAGAAAAAUGUUGUAUUUGCUAGCAUCGAAGACUCCAUUUAUGUACUCCAAAAUUUUUCCAUCUGGCAGAAUACAUCAACCAUGUCACUUGCAUUCAAAGGAAGGUCUCCAUCACUAAGUCAAAUAGCAUUUGAUCAUAUUUCAAAUAAUUUAUAUUGGUGUGAUUCACUGAUGAAAUGGAUCGCAAUGAAACCAGCAUACAUGGACAAUACGAUGUUUAAAGUCGUCGUAUACAAAAAUUUGAGGCUACCGCUCGGAUUAGCUCUUGAUCCCGAGGACGGGCUGAUGUUCUUUUCUGACGAUGACUCAAAUUCAAGAAUCGAAAAGGCCUCCAUGGAUGGAACAAAUAGAUCUGUUAUAGUGCACACUGGAUUGAUGUGGCCAAUAGCUCUUUCUGUCGACGCUACAAAUAAUUUACUUUACUGGGCAGAUUAUUACAGACACACACUUGAAGUAAGCAACUAUAAUGGGUCAAAUAGACGAGUACUGAGACGCAAUAACUACGUUCCAGUUACAGGUCUACACUAUGAUCAGAAUAUUUUGCAUGCUGUGAGUGUUGAAUCCAAAUUAUUAUUUGGUGUGGACACGAAAUCGGGGUCAACACUUUACGCUGUACAUAUAACUGAAGGCCAGCCGUUUACCGUUCACGUUUACAAUGCAGAAGUCUCUAAAACAUACACUGAUCCAUGUAUUACACACAGCUGUCAACAUAUGUGUGUUAACACACCUUCAGGAGCCACCUGCCUCUGUGCUGAGGGCUAUCAACUCUCCUCAGAUGCAAUGACAUGCACAGACCGCUCAAGAUUCUACGAGAAAGGCUUCAUUUUUAGCAAUGCAACAGUGUUUUUCAUGAUAGACGUCCACUCUGUUAACGGACGACAAAGCGAAAUGAAGCAUUUAAAAAGUCCCUCCGCAAAUAUCGAAACUUUUGCUGUGAACUCGAACUCACAUAUUAUCUACUUUGUGGACAGCAGUAAUAAUACAUUAAAGGAGUUCAACAUCAUCACAGAACAAACAAGGAUUUUAGCGUCUGUUUUAAAUGCUAGAGACCUGAUUUUUGACUGGAAUGCGAAUCUUCUCGGAUGGAUAGACCUUUCCCAAUCAAACAUACAAGUCUUUUCCUUAAAUUCUUGGACAAUAUCAACCAUUUACUCAGGACUUGAGCAACCAGUAUCUCUUACUGUCGACGCUGACCAUGGCUACCUAUUUUGGAUAUCGGGGACAUCGGCAAAGUCAAUUUUGAGAGGAAACUGGAAUAGAAAUGAUUAUAGUAUUAUAGUGUCAUCUAGCAGCCUAGACAACCCAGGUUCACUUUAUUAUGAUGUUACAAGCCAUAGGAUCUACUGGCUUGAUAACUCAUUGAUUAAAAGUUCAAUGGUCAAUGGAACUGACAUCAAAACUUACAGCAUAAUCACAUUUGGAGCAACAAGGGCAUUUGCUUAUAAGGAUUAUUUUGGUUGGACGUCGGGGAGUACCAUAUAUUUUGCGAGAAAGUUUGUAUCAACUUCAGAAGACUCAUUCAAUUUAGUACCAAAUAUGAAGGGAGUCACUGUGUUUGACUCCUCGUUGCAACAAGAUAAUAGAGGCACCUGUCAUUUCUUAAAUGGUGGUUGUGAGAAUAUCUGCAUUCCACUACAAAGUGGACGAAAAUGUCAAUGUGAUCUUGGUCUGAAGCUUCAACCUGAUUUAACGUGUGACAAUGAUAUCUAUAUGACGAAUUUCAUUGUUGUGUCGGAUUUUACUCACGGAAGGAUUCUGCAGAUUGAUCUCAACACAGGGAAUGUGACCAAGCUGCCAAUAAUUACACAAAAGCCUUCUGCUAUUAUGCUCGACAAGUCAACAAUGGAACUAUACUUUUCUGACUACUCUACAAAAUCAAUCAUGUCAUCUACGCUUCAUGGAAAAAAUAAAACCUUAGUUCAUUUAACAGGACUUGCUUUUGUCGAGGUAAUGGCUAUUGACCAUUCAACAGGGAACAUUUACUAUACAGCAGUGGGGUCAACCACUAUUCAAAGUUAUAUUGGGGUUGUAAAAAGAUUCAAUUCACUUCAUAAGACUUUGCUCUCUAAACUACAAAGUCCAAGAGCAAUUGUGCUAUAUCCAUCAAAAGGCAUCAUGUAUUGGACAGAGUAUGAAAACGUGCCACAAAUAGGUCGAUCUUAUAUGGACGGAACUUCAAAAAAUUACAUAGUAACAAAUGACCUUGGGUUGCCAAAUGGCCUUACAAUUGACUUUGAAACUAGCAGGCUUUACUGGACAGACGGGCGUAAGAAUCGCAUAGAGUACUCAGACUUAAAUGGAGGAAAUAGACAUAUUCUAACAACCGAUACUGACGCAGUUUUGAUGAAGAUUGUGAUUUCUGGACAACACCUGUUUUACACUGCAUGGAAUAGACAACGAAUAACAAAAAUGGACAAAUCAACAGGGUCAAAAAUUACUUUUAUGUCAAAACAUCCAGAGCUUGGGAGACUUGACAGCUUAGCAAUAUUUGCAGAUGAAAUAGUAGAUGUGAAUCCUAUUUGCUCGAAGAAAAACGGUGGAUGUAGUACGUUCUGCUUUCCAACACCAAGCGGAAGAGCAUGUGGAUGCCAGGAUAAUGUUAAUUUACAAUCUGACCAAAAAACAUGUGAAGGAGUGAUUCUCUGUCCAUCAUCCAUUGAGAAUGCUGUGAUGUCAUCCAGUUGUAGUAGAAGAGCUGGUGAAUCGUGUGAAAUCACAUGCCUUGAAGGAAACACUUCUCACAGCAUAGUUUGCACCAGUGAAGGAACCUGGAACCAAGACACAAGAAGACUAUGUUUAAUAAGAUUAUGUCCAUCAACAAUCAAAAAUGGAAAGCUUCAAUCUGUAUUUAUAUCAGGCUUGGGGCGAAUUACAUUGGAAAAGGAUAUACCUAAUGUUGAGAAAGCAUCGUUAACUGGUGUUUACAUUGGAUCCUCGGUUGGAGGCUUCAUCAUUAUUGUCACAUUUAUUACCGCCAUAUUUUGCUUCAUCAAACGGAGAAAACCACCCAUAUUUAAGGCCAGUUCAGAAACCCAAAGCCGUCGACAUUUCAAUAUCCAAAUGGGACAUAAGACAUUUACGAUGAAGGUGGCAGGGAUUUGUGCCUCAGUCGCACCAAUACAGUCCACCCCCAGUCCCAAGCAAGGAGGAUAA